GGACAGUUUCAGUCCUUAGCCAAUAGAAAAUACAGAAUUUGUACAGCUGACGUGGAUUCUGAAAACACGGAAGUAAAGCUUUGGUGGUGUUUCAUUAAAUUGAGAAAGAGAAAAUGCCAGUGGUGGCAACGGAGAGAUAUGGCUCCCUCGAGUCAUGGAAAUAUCAGUUGAAGGAUGGAGUAAUGGAGAGAGAAAGAGUAGGGGGAAACGGUGGGACGACUGGAAAAACCAUCAUUGGCGUGUUCAAAAGUGUCUUCUUGCCUCAGGGGUAUCCAGAGAGUGUCAGUGGUGAUUACCUGCAGUAUCAAUUUUGGGAUACUCUUCAGGCCUUCUCCAGUUCUCUUUCAGGUACUCUUGCCACCCAGGCCUCUUUAAGGGGUGUUGGUGUUGGAAACCAAGAGGCAACAGUUGCUGCUGCAACAAUUACCUGGUUAUUACGAGAUGGCACAGGCAUGCUGGGAAGAAUCUUAUUUGCCUGGCUUAAAGGGAAUAAACUAGACUCUGAGGCCAAAAAACGGAGGCUUGUUGCUGAUGUUCUCAAUGAUAUCGCCAUGUUCAUGGAAAUACUGGCUCCUAACUGCCCAAUAUUCUUCACUUUAAUUGUGUGCUCUGCUGGAAUAUUCAAGUCCAUUGUCGGGGUUGCAGGUGGGGCCACCAGAGCAGCUUUGACUCUUCACCAAGCUCGCAGAGACAACAUGGCGGACAUCUCUGCCAAAGAUGGCAGCCAGGAGACUUUAGUGAAUCUGGCUGGACUGCUGGUCAGUCUGAUCCUUAUUCCUCUUGUCACUGACAAUCCACUGCUGACGUUCGUCCUCUUCUUCCUUUUCACCAUCCUCCACCUUUUUGCAAAUUACAAAGCAGUGCGUUCGGUUGUCAUGGAGACACUCAACGAAGCUCGGCUUGCUAUUGUGCUACACCAAUACCUGAGAGAUGGACGGGUCCUCGGUCCACUAGAGGCCAAUCAUAAAGAGCCUGUAUUCUUGAAGUUCAGGAGGACAGUGCCAAUCCAACUGGGAGUGAGGCUAGGGGAACUUGUUUAUACGUCAGAGGACCUUAAUUUGGCCAUGAAAAACAACCACAAGCUCUUCCUUAUCGGAGUCAAACGUGAUCAUUGGGAGCUGGUGCAUGAGAGUCAUAAACUUAUAGACCAAGUUUUUCAGCCAUUCCUCAAAGGACCUGAGCCCUAGGACCAUACGUCAGGACUACCGGGCAUGAUGACUCCUUGCUGUUCCCAGUCCACCUGGCCUUGCUGCUGUUCCAGUUUCAACUGUUCUGCCUGCGGUUAUGGAACCCCUACCUGUCCCAGACCUGCUGCUUUUAACUCUUAAUGAUCGGCUAUGAAAAGCCAACUGACAUUUAUUCCUGAUUAUUAUUUGACCAUGCUUGUCAUUUAUGAACAUUUUGAAAAUCUUGGCUCUCUCUAAUUCUCUCCUUCUCUCUUUCUUUCUCUCUCUCGGAGGACCUGAGCCCUAGGACCAUACGUCAGGACUACCGGGCAUGAUGACUCCUUGCUGUUCCCAGUCCACCUGGCCUUGCUGCUAUUCCAGUUUCAACUGUUCUGCCUGCGGUUAUGGAACCCCUACCUGUCCCAGACCUGCUGUUUUCAACUCUUAAUGAUCGGCUAUGAAAAGCCAACUGACAUUUAUUCCUGAUUAUUAUUUGACCAUGCUUGUCACUUAUGAACAUUUUUGAACAUCUUGGCCAUGUUCUGUUAUAAUCUCCACCUGGCACAGCCAGAAGAGGACUGGCCACCCCUCAUAGCCUGGUUCCUCUCUAGGUUUCUUCCUAGGUUUUGGUCUUUCUAGGGAGUUUUUCCUAGCCACCGUGCUUCUACACCUGCAUUGCUUGCUGUUUGGGGUUUUAGGCUGGGUUUCUGUACAGCACUUCGAGAUAUUAGCUGAUGUAUGAAGGGCUAUAUAAAAUAAACUUGAUUUGAUUUGAUGAUAGGAACCAGGGACUGUGGUGACACCUCUUGCACUGAGAUGCAGUGCCACUUGAGAGCCUCGAGUUAAGAACAUACCGUAACCUCACUCCACAGCUAGCUUGAAAUGUCGCCGAUGGAGCUAUCCAAUUGGUAUCUUUUGUAUAGCUCAAUCUGUUUGCAUGUUGUCAAGCGGGUGGUCACCUCUGUUGGCGAGGUAAAGGAACAUGGUUCAAGCCCAGUCAGAGGCAAGUUCAGGGAGGCUGCGCUAUAUGCUAAGCUAGCACACUUGACCCUGGUUAUACUGGUGCUGUGACCCAAAUCCACAGUUUGGCUUAGCUCGAAGGCUUGGGUUGCUGUGGAGUGAGUUGAAAGAGGGUGAUUCUAAUGGAGUUAAGAACGUAUUGUAACCUCACUCCACCGCUAGCUUAAAAUAUCGCUGAUGGCGCAAUCCAAUAGGUUAAUUUUGUAUAGCCUAAAUUGGUCCGCACGUUGUCAAGCCGUCGGUCACUUGUGUUGGCGAGGUAGAGGAACCUGGUUCAAGCCCAGUCAGAGGCAAGUUCAGGGAGGCAGCUCUAUGUGCUAAGCUAGCACACAAACCCCGGUUAUCGAGGAAUGCAUCGAAAACUUGAGUCAGCUAGCUGCUACAAUUUGGAGGAAGUUGCCCGAUGAUUUAGAGUUCAGGUGCAGCACACCAUAGAAAAUCGCCCUGUGUGCCACCAUAAUCACACCGUUUUUAAACUGGUUGUUCAUCACAGGACCGUUUGUGUAUUUAUUAUUACUUUUAUUACGUAUUUUACUUUUCUAUUAUUUCCUUUUUCUGUGCAUUGCUAGGAAGGACCCUUAACUGUUAGUCUACACCUGUUGUUUACAAAGCAUGUGACGAACAAAAUGUGAUUUGAUUUCAAAUUUGAUUUAAUUAAACUUUACAAAGCAUGUGACGAACAAAAUGUGAUUUGAUUUAAUUAAACGUUGAACACCGUUCUGGCAUACUGAAUCGAGCAACGCGCUGUGACAUUGAUUUACCAAUGGUGUGUUAGAUACCACCCACAAAUGUAUGAUGUCACCCCCUCAUUAUCAUAUUGGAGGAAGAAAUACAUAAAUAAAUAAU